CUGCCUUUAUAAUUGGCUCUCGCCGCCGAACCCUAGCUCCUCUUGCCUUUCUGCCCGCCCACCCGCCUAUCGUCGCCGUCUCGCUCCUCGCCGCCGCAAAGAUGCCGUUCAAGAGGUUCGUCGAGAUCGGGCGGGUGGCCCUGGUGAACUACGGCAAGGACUACGGCCGCCUCGUCGUCAUCGUCGACGUCGUCGACCAGAACCGGGCACUCGUCGACGCUCCUGAUAUGAUCAGGUGCCAGAUGAACUUCAAGCGUCUUUCACUGACUGACAUCAAGAUUGACAUCAAGCGUAUCCCCAAAAAGGCAACUUUGAUCAAGGCCAUGGAGGAAGCUGAUGUGAAAACCAAAUGGGAGAACAGCUCCUGGGGCAAGAAGCUUAUUGUUCAGAAGAGAAGAGCAUCGCUGAAUGACUUUGACAGGUUCAAGGUCAUGUUGGCUAAGAUUAAGAGGGGUGGUGCUAUCAGGCAAGAGCUUGCCAAGCUCAAGAAGGAGGUUGCUGCUUAGAAUACCUUAGUGGAUGUUGCAUGUUGAGUUUUUUGUUCCAAGUUGGAUCUGCUCUAUGUUCCAGUGUUCUUAAAGCCAGAGUUAGUACAACUGUUUUCAGGAAACUAUUUCAUAUCUUUUCAUGGCUGUUAUUGAAUACCCAAGCUAGUUUGCUACAGAUGUGCCGCUGCCUUCAUUUGAAUGUUGCUUGUUUAUCCGUCUUUA